ACCAACAUCUCAUUAUAAUUUUCUUGCAACAUCUAAAUAAUGAAUGGGUUUCUAUUGGGCCACCAAAAGGAGGCAUACUCCUUGGGCAACACGUACUGAGGAAGACAUCAUAUACGACAGAAAAGAGGAGGAUCUGGGGCGGCCUUAUUGGAGGAAAAUUCCUUGGACGGAAAGGAAUUAAAAGGGGAUAUAUAUCUGAGAUACAUCAUGAGAGCACGGAGAAGAGAGGCAUACGAUUGGAGAGAACAUCAGACGAUCAAGUGGAGACAGCCGCACAUCAGGGGAUCUUUCGCAAGGAACAAGGCUGGGGAAUCAUUGAUUCAAGUGGGAAACUUAGAGAGCAAGAAAUUUACGGCCACAGUCAUAUCAGCCUUGGAAUUGGCAACCAGAACGAACAGCAGAGUAAUUCCGUGACAGGGUUAAAGCUGCUAAGGAAGAAAGAUAUAGGGGGAUUCAAGCCGCACUUGGUAGUUUAAGAUCAGAGAGCUUGAAGAGCCAAGGGCGUUACACGUAUGUUGUGAAUGGAAAUUAUUUAGGAUAUCAAAUGGCUGAUGGUAAGAUGAACUACACAAUACCAGAUCCGGGGGGACAAAUGUGCAUUGAGAUCCCACUGUCAGGUAAAUAUUACGGUUCUACUUUUAAUUAUUAUAAUUCUUAUGAAUCAGAUUUAUCCUUGUCUUGUGAGGAUGAUGUCGUGCAGGUUUCACAUUUUGAGCCCUUGUAUGAAGAAGAUGAGGAUCACACUCAUGAACCGGAGACGAUAAUAGACAUUGAAGUCCCACCUCCGGUUCAGUAAGUCGUUAGUUCCAGUUAUUGGUGUCCCACGCCAUGGGAUAUUGACGAUGGCUUUUGGAGUGAUGAUGAUGAGGGGGUAGUAGAAGAGGCAGAGUUGGAGGUGCCCGACUACACCGCAACCCAAAGAGAAGAAGUUUUUGAGCCACUAGACAAGAUGGAUAAUGGGAAGACUGAAGAGCAUAUACCAUCUUGGGAGGAAGAGUUUGGUGAUGAGUUGGUAGGUUUGCCAACUCUUGAAGAUGAAGAAUUUGACCCAGUUGGUGAUCUUGCUUAUUUAGAAACAUUAUUUGAAGAGAAACCAACCAUGGAGAUCGAAUAUGCACCAAACGUAGAAGAAGAGAUAGUGGCUAAAGAGUUGGAUAGCUGGCCCGUAGAGAAGUUAGAAGAUGGAUCGCCACCACAGUUACUAACACGGGAGAAGGCACUGAGAAACUUGGAUCAACAUAGUCUGAGGGUGCAGAGAUGGUACAAAAGGAAGCGUAAUGGAGCAUUGAAGUGCAGAGACAACCAUCUUCCUCAUUACAUGCAUCAUAUCAGGUUUGGUCCAGGUAAAUUUAAAUUUUGGUGGUCUGGCCGGUUUGAGUAUCCUAAAAUAUUUUCUAGUUUCGUCGUUAACUUUUUAAUAAAUAAUGAUGAACAAUUAGAAUUCAACGGGUUGGAUAGAGGUUGGAAAAAGGAGAAACCUCCUGAUUAAGUUCAGGUGUGGGGAGGUUUUGUAGAGUUUGUUAAAUUUAUAUACUUGGUGUAUUUCCGGUUCGAUUACGAUAUGUGUUUAUUUGUAGUUUUGGUCAGUCUUUUGUUUAGAGUCGGUACUGCUUUAGUUUUGCUUGUUUUUGUCUACGCAGGUUUGAAUUGUACCACCCGUACGCAAUCUCCAUUCGGGUGAUUUUGGAGCUGCUUUUCGAAUAUCAGACAUUUUCCAAGUAUACCAGUCAGAGUUAAAGCCGAUCGCGACCGAAAUGUUAUACUAUCGAGCUGGAUUGGACAAGAGUUUUAGAGCUUACGCGUUAUUUUACCAGCUAAAUCCUUUCCAAUUAUGCCCUUAGUCGUAUAUUUCUUAUUUAUUUUAGCCUUUUAAGUUGGUUUCCAUCCUACAUUGAGGGCAAUGUAGAGUUUAAGUGUGGGGAUGGGAAACUAUCGUUUAGUGUCUAGUUAGUGAGUGUUUUUUAGUCAUAAAAAUUGAAAAAUGCAAAAAAAAUUUAAAAAAAUUGAAAAUCCAAAAAAAUUGAAAAAAUAGAAAGUGUUCCUGUUUUAGAUAUUUGCAAAAAUAAAUACGGAAAAUGAUAGAAAAAUCAGUUUUGUUCUAGUUUCAAAUAAUAAUAAUAAUAUGAGAAUAAAAAAAUAAGCUUGUGUCUAACUUGGGAUGUGUGGGUGGGCCCGAUUCGGUUCUAGGUUCCUUUGAUCUAACAUACCUUAAUUGUCGGUUUACUAGUGGGUUCUCAUCUAAGAUAAGUGGGGAAAUUGAAACUGCCAAUAAUAGUAUAAGGGAUGCCGUUAUAAGCGAAAAUUAUUAGAAUUUUUUUAUCAAGAAAAAAAUGCAAUAAAUGAGCUAGACCGAAAAAAUGACAAGGCCUAUGUAAUCUCUGUUGUGGAUAGUGACUCUGACUUAGAAUGCCUCUGGGAUUGUUAAAGAAAAAUGCAAAAAUACUGAUGCCUACGUUGUCGUUCUCGGGGAUGGUGACUCUGGUUGAGACAGCCUCUGGGAUAAGGUAUGCAUAGUCAAAAGCUCAAAAGAAAAGAAAAAGAAGAAAAAAGAAAAAAAAGAGAUGGAAAUUUUGAUUUUAAAUUCUUUUGAUUUUGGUAUAAAACGGUUAGGAAAUAGUCCAGUGAUUGUUCCUUUUAUUCUAUAAGCUUGAGGCGGGAUUAGGUGGACUGCGGUUUUUAAUGUGAGACCCUAGGUAGAUUGACUACACUUAAACUUAAAUUGCAUGAUAAGGGCUUGGAACCGGGUUUGGGUUUAAGAGGAUAAGUAUACUUACAAUCGCGGUUAAUACGAGUCUUAAUUUAAUAAGUAAUCUAGACUUUUGCACCUAAGUAUUUCCUGAUUCUAAUUCCGUUUGCAUAAGUAUUUUUCAGGGAUGAAAAAUGUUUAAAUGUGUGGAUAUUUGAUGUGUGGUAAAAUAUACAUAUUUGUCCCGUGUAAAGUGUAUUAUUAUUGUAUAGUUUUAUUUAUUUUUAUUUAGUUUUUAGUGCUUUAUUAUAUUAUUUUGUGUUUUGCUAGGCCCUGGUGUAAAUAGAGCGAAAAAGAGUAAUAAAGAACUAUCUAGCUAGUUGAGCAAAGUAGAACACCAGAUACCAAAUUAAAAUUGCUGCUAUUUUCCU